AUGAUUCGGAGCUUGCUCAUGCAGGAGGCCACGCGCGAAAGGUGGCAGAACCGCAAUGCCGGGGCCUUUAGCUAUAACGGAUUGAUCUUUCAUCUUUCGUGGGACGGGGUUGACAUGUCAGACAUCAGAGACGCUCUGGAGUACGGCAUUUUCGAGGGAGCCAGCAUCUCCGAAGCAAAUAUUGCGGAACGACUUCUUGACGAGAUCGAGAAACGGGCCAUGUCGCAGCCGGACUCCUCAUCUCGGCAUUAA